AUGAUGCGGCCCCUGGCCACCCUGGCGGCCACCAUCUGGUUGGCCGCCCCAGCCCACGCCAGCUACGCCUUCUACGUGGGCAAGAACCUCACCGCGGACGGCAGCGUGCUCCUCGGCGGCACGGGCGAGGAGGUCUCCAGCCACUGGCUCCAGCUCUUCCCGGCCCGCGACCACCCGGCCAACGCCACCAUCACCGUCGGCGUCACCAAGGACGCCUCCUUCCCGGGCGAGCUCAUCCAGAUCCCGCAGGUGAACCACACGUUCCGGUACCUGAGCAUGCAGUACUCGGACUACGAGGGCUUUCCCGCGCCGCUGACCAACGGCGGCCUCAACGAGAAGGGCGUCGCCGUGCGCGACGUCUGGGCCGACAACCGCCAGGAGCUGCUGGACAUGACGCCGAACCCGCAGCGGGGCCCGCAGUACAGCGACCAGGCGCGCAUCGUCAUGGAGCGGGCCAGCACGGCGCGCGAGGGGGUCGAGAUCAUCGGGGACCUCAUCAAGCAGUACGGCGACUCCACCUAUGGCGGCAACUCGCAUCUCAUCGCCGACAAGGACGAGGGCUGGGUUGUCUGGGAGAUGGCCGGCGGUGCCGGGCUCUGGGCGGCGCAGCGUCUUGGGCCGAACGAUGUCCGGGUGUCGUAUCCCGGUUACAUCGAAGACUUCCCCGUGGACUUUGCCGAGAACCCCGACUUUAUGGGGUCGGACAACAUCGUCUCGUUCGCCGAGGAGCAGGGCUGGUGGAACGCCAGCUCCGGCAAGCCGUUCAACAUCUUCGACGCCUACGGCCCUCAGGACCCGAGGUACAAGGCCCGCGACGGCGGCUACAAGUUCAUGUCCCAGGCGGCCCUGGAGAACGCCACGCUCGCCAUGGUGCCGCUGACCGAGGAGAAGCUCAUGCAGCGGGUGCGCGACCACCGCAUCGCCGACGACGAGGCCGGCUACGGGCAGGUCGUCCGGCUGCACGCGGACAUCACCGACAGCGACAUGCUGCGGAUCUGGAACGCGCCCACGGGCUCCGUCGCGGCCCCCUUCACGCCCUGGUGGCUCGGCGUGCAGUCCGUCCCGCCCGAGUUCGGCGAGCACAGGUACCUGACCACGGGCGCCUCGAGCAGCUUCCUCAACCCGGACUUCCAGCUGCAGGAGGCCUCGGUCUUUGCCGGGCGCGUGUUCAAGCGCGUGCUGUACUACAUGUGCUCCGACCCGAACCGGUACCUGCCCAUCGUCACCGAGAUGCUCACACAGUUUGAGAACAAGACGCGGGGCCAGGUCGAGGAGUGGGUGGAGAAGUCGGCGUACCUCCUGAUCCAGGAUGGCCAGCGGGAGGCGGCUCAGUCUCUGCUUACCUUCUACUCCCACUCGCGCGCGGCCGCGGCCUUGGACAUUGGUCACACGCUCGGCAGUGCGCUUGAUGGGUACAUCAAGCUGACUGGGCAGUGGCGGUCGCCGGUAGGCAGCGAGAUUAACGACAGCAAUGAGGGCAAGGAGACUGUCAACUGCCUGGUUGGUUAUGAUCCAGACCAGCCUGAAUAUCUGCAGCCACCCUCAGCUCAAAAGCGGUUGUUAGGCCUGUGA